UAAACCAAGCCGGCGCUAACAAAAGAAGAGCGCCGUUAAAGCGAGGAAAGACACAUCACAACCCGGUCCCUCUCUCUCCCUCUAUCUCUCUCGAAGCUGGAAAGUUCUAGAGAGAGAGAGAGAGAGAGAGAGAGAGAGAGAGAGUAGGGACAUCAUCUUUUGCUUACAAUUUUAUUUUCUGACAUUGUUUUCUCCGCCUUUCUUGGAGCCUAAUUGCCAGAUGCUCAUCGAUCCAACCACCCAUCUUUUAAUAAUUACAAUUAAAAUCUCCUUUCUUUGCUUUGCUUUGCACUCCAUAUGUUUGUUCCAAGAUCCCCCACUCCUUUUUUUCCUCAGCACCUCAACCACAACCAGAACCACUUCCUCUCACUUCAAUGGCGAUUCUUGUGCCAAUCUCUCUCUCUGUGGGCCCACACUCUUCCCAAAGCCCACGUGUCACUCGUGCCUCCAACGACACCUCAGCUCUUCCUCACACAUUCUCGCUGAAGCCAUCUAUAAUCUUUGGUUCUAGCCUCAAAUCUAGGGAAAUUGAGCAGGCCCAUUUGAGAUUGUUGGUUGAUUCCAGGACCACUACAGGUUUGAGAAUGAAGGCUUCAAGGGAACCUCCGGGGCUGACUCAAGAUCUUGGAAACAACAAACUGGAGACAGUAGAAGAAACUGGGAGUCGGUCUGAUUUAUUUCAGAACAUAAAGCAUCGUUUCCUAAGUUUUAAAAAGCAUACCUACAUGAAAAACUUAGAACACUAUGAAGAACUUGCAAAGGGUCAAGCACCAAAGUUCAUGGUGAUUGCCUGUGCAGAUUCUAGAGUUUGCCCCUCUGCAAUUUUGGGAUUCCAACCGGGAGAAGCAUUUACCGUGCGCAAUAUAGCAAAUCUAGUGCCCCCCUUUGAGAAGGGGCCCUCAGAAACAAAUGCUGGGUUAGAAUUUUCUGUGAAUACUCUAAAAGUUGAGAACAUACUAGUUAUUGGCCACAGCUGCUGCGGAGGCAUUCAUGCCCUCAUGAGCAUGGAAGAUGAAGGGCAAUCAAGCGGCUUUAUCCAGAACUGGGUUGUUCUUGGGAAGAAUGCAAGGUUGAAAACAAAGGCUGUUGCCUCUAACCUCAGCUUCGACCAGCAGUGUAGACACUGUGAGAAGGAAUCGAUUAAUCGUUCUCUGCUAAACCUGCUUACAUACCCGUGGAUAGAAGAAAAAGUUAGGGAAGGAGUUCUUUCCCUUCAUGGUGGCUACUAUGACUUUGUUGAUUGUACUUUUGAGAAAUGGACACUUGACUACGAGGAAUGCAGCUUAAAGAAGGAAGAUGAAAAAAUUUCAGUUAAAGAUAGAUUGUUUUGGUGCUGAAAUUUUUAUUUGGUUAUGAUUACGCUUUGUUUUAAGAUUAUAAGUAUUUGUAACAAAAACUACCAAGUCGUCUAGGCAAAAUAAGACUGGAAAGUAUUACGUUACCUUACUGCAUUAAAUCUCUUGAAACAUACUCAUUGGAUCAGAACUUAAGUAUCUUUAAUGUAAUGUUAAAAUUUUAAUUUAUUGUCAAACUUUUGCAU